GCGCAGACCAGAAUGAUUAAUGAUUUAAUCUCAUUUGUUGUCCAAACGCCAAUGACCAUCAAUCAAGGACUGAGCUCCAGUCCGGUUCCGCACUUGGCACAACGUGGUGCAUUCAUCCGACAAUGAAUCAUCGCUCAAUUGGGAGCACGGCUGAUGAGCCAUCUGGAGAUGUUAUAAGAACAAGAGGCCAGAGUUGAGCAUCGACUGCUGGAGACGAUACAAUACAAUCCAUCACUUCAUCUCCCAGACCCUCAAUGCUAGACACUCAGACAACAAACACAACUACAACCACCACUGCCACAGCCACAACCAUGGCCUCUUCCGACAACACCCUCGUAUUCUAUGACAUCAUCCUCGACCCUGCGGCCUACCCCAAUGGCCCAAACCCGUGGAAGACGCGCUUCGCCCUCAACUUCUCCAAGGUCCCCUACCGCACGGCCUGGACGCCCCUGAACGCCAUCCGCUCGACACGCGACUCCCUCAACCUCGCCGUGAGCCGCAAGCACCAGGACGGGAGCGACUUCCCCACCCUCCCCGCCAUCCGGGACCCGCGCCCCGGCGGCGGCGAGGCGGUGGUGGGCGACUCGUUCGACAUCGCCCGACACCUGCAGGACACGUAUCUGGCCUCGGCCCCCACAUCAGCCCAGCUGUUCCCGGCGUCCGGAGAUGCCGCCGCCGCCGCCGGCAUCGUGGCGCUGCACCGCGCCUUCAACGUCUUGGUCGACCAGGUCUUCUCCGACCACGGCGCCGCCCUCGCCGGCUUCUACAUGCGCUUCGACCCGCGCACCGCCGCCGCCGACAAGGCCGCCAUGAUGGCACGCAUGCCGGGCGAGCUGAAGAACCUGGACUGGGAGGACCUCAGGGUGGCCGAGGGGUCCGAGCAGAGGGAGGGGAUGCUGCGCGGCUUCGAGGCCGCCCUGGACGCCAAGCUCGCCCCCUGCUUCCCCGGCGGGGACGGCCCGUUCAUGGGCGGGCGGGCAGGGCCCAUGUACGCCGACUUUAUAGUCGGCGGUUGGUUGCAGUUCAUGCGCGGCUGCCUGCCCGACCCCGAGUGGGACGCGCUCCGGAACAGGUGGUCCGGCGGCAGGUGGGGGAAGCUGUUUGAUGCGCUGCAGCAGUGGAAUGCCGUGGACGGGCGCGAGGGGGUCGCCCCGCGGAGGCCGUAGUUGUGUCGUAUAGGUUCAAGGCGUUUCUAUAUCCUGUCUCGGCAUAUUUUGACGAGAAUACAACAACACAUGGCACAUUUCUCGACGGCAACCCCGCACCAGCUUGUGAAGUGUAAGCAUCAGCCGAUACUUAUCCAUCAUCAAUCGAUGCUUAUCCAUCGCUAGAGA